CCAAGUAUGAUGGAGGUUAAAGAGAGACAGUAGGAGAAAGACAUUUAGGAGAUUAGGAGAUGCUGUCUCAGACAGCCUGUCUGAGCUGAGCGCAGGCAGCAGUUUGCUUCCGGGAGGCGGCCAGAGAUAUCAGAGGGAUCCAGAGCGUCAGCAGACCAGACGCCCAGCUGGACCAGAACCAGAACCAACUGAGAAAGCCGCUGCACGUUUCUUUGUUUUCAGGUGAACUUCUUUUAAACGGAAUCUCUUCUUCAAAGGCUUAAAUUACGCAUCCUUUCUCCUCUCUCCACACCACAGCUGUGUUUCUGGACGUUACAGAGGAGCUCCGACCAAAGAUCAUUGGGAGAACAACUGAACUCUGGCUGGCAGAGUCCGUGUGUGUGAUGUGACAACUGGCUGCGCCAAAGUGGCGCUUUUACGCGCGAUGGAGGAGCUUUUACGCGUACAGGGCGGUUGGUUUCAAAACGUCUCGUGGUGCAACUCAAGUCAAGUCAAUGAAAGUCGUUCGGGAAAUUCCACUGUGAACCCUCUGAAACGAAACGAGGAGGUAGCCAAAGUGGAAGUGACCGUCCUGGUCCUGGUGCUCCUGCUCGCGCUGACGGGAAACCUGUGCGUUCUGUGGGCGAUCCACACCACCAAGCACAGCCACUCCCGGAUGUACUACUUCAUGAAACACCUGAGCAUCGCGGACCUGGUUGUCGCGGUCUUCCAGGUCCUGCCGCAGCUCAUCUGGGACAUUACCUUCCGCUUCUACGGGCCCGAUUUACUCUGCAGGCUGGUGAAAUACCUCCAGGUCGUGGGGAUGUUUGCGUCCACGUACAUGCUGGUCCUGAUGUCCGUGGAUCGAUGCUUGGCAAUCUGCCAGCCACUUCGCUCUGUCCACAAGGGGAAAGAUCGCUUCUGUGUGAUCGUGUCCUGGAUCCUCAGUCUGGUCUUCAGCACCCCGCAGGUCUACAUCUUUUCCCUGAAGGAGGUGGGGAGCGGGGUGUACGACUGCUGGGGGGACUUCGUGGAGCCGUGGGGCGCAAAAGCCUACAUUACAUGGAUGAGUCUCAGCAUAUACAUCCUUCCUGUGGCGGUAUUAAGCGUCUGCUAUGGCUUGAUAUGCUUUAAAAUAUGGCAGAACAUCAAUAUGAAAACCAGAAGGGAGCACUACUUGGCUCCCGCUCCUAGGCCAUCCAAGGGCGCUCAUCCCCUGUCACGUGUGAGCAGCGUCAGGCUCAUUUCAAAAGCCAAAAUCCGCACAGUGAAAAUGACAUUUGUUGUGGUUCUGGCUUACAUUGUGUGCUGGACUCCUUUUUUCUUUGUCCAAAUGUGGUCUGCUUGGGAUCCUGCAGCUCCAAGAGAAGACAUGGCCUUCAUCAUCUCCAUGCUGCUUGCUAGUCUAAACAGCUGCUGUAACCCCUGGAUCUACAUGUUCUUUGCUGGUCACCUUUUUCAUGACUUGAUGCGAUGCUUCUUCUGCUGCUGCAGACACUAUCUGGCAGACACUUCUUGCAGCUGCGAACAACAGUGCUCGCACAAGAGCCCAUCCUCCACUUACGUCAUCAAGAACACUGGCAGCCAGAGGAGCCUCACGCACACAUCCAGCACAGGGGGGCCGGGGCACUGAAAGCAUAUAAUCAUCCUGCUACUGACUUAUCCAGCGAUCACACAAGCGCUUAUUUCAGGCAUUUAAUCAACCCCAGCACAAUGCUUGUUGUCAAACAUUUUAAAUUAUGCCAAACUGAGAAUUUGAACCUCCUGCACGCUGUGAUAACAGAAAAUAGGACAAAAUGCUAUUGUGUUCAAAAUGAGGACAAACAAAGAUGUAAAGUGAAGUUUCAACCUGCGGUACAUCUGCUGUCCGUUUCAAUUUUACUGGAUGGGUGGAAAAAAUAAGGUUGCCCCUUUUAUCAGCUUUAUCACAAUUCACUGUCAGCUUCAACUUCAGGAUGGACAAACUACUCACUUGGGCAAACAUUUAUUGUUUUGAGUUGAUUUUAACAAAGUGGAGAAAUUUAAGUUAUUAGGGCGCUGAAGCAUUAGUGUGGGCAGACAUAUGUAAGAAUUUUACAGUAAAAUUAUCACAAAACAGUCUAAUGUCUCAAUCUUGUUGGAGGGAAGAUUAUAUUGAAACAGAUUUCCUUCUCAGCCGACUGGGGGAUUGUCAGUUUUGUUCCUUUCAAAAACGCUAAAGAGGAAUGUAGCCUUUUUCUACGAUCUGCCACCCUGCUGGGGUUGUCAAGUCUGAGCUAACAUUGCUACCCAGGCAAUUGUAACACUGGUGGGCAAAAUGCAGCAGUGUUCCAUAAAGAACCUAAGCCAGUAAACAGGAGCGACCCAUAAGUUAUUUCUUGUACCCCCUAAGAAGUCACGGGCUCUUUUUGUGUUUCCUCUAAUAUUGGGUAAAGAAGGCUAGAAGCUAACAUUGAGCUAACAAUGCUAACAGUGAAUUAGAAACAACUAGUCGGCUCUAAAAAUAUCUCAAACUACUUUUUCAAUGACCAAAAACAUAGAGAAAACACUGCGCUGUGGCGCUGUGUAUCACGCUGCAAGCGCAGGAGGAGGAUUGACCCAAAAUGCAGAACACCAGAAUCACUCAAUGCAGGAGCAGUCGCAUAAAUAAAAAUUCCUUCAGUUUGGAUGAUGAGUGAGUUCCAAAGGGGCAGGAAGCCAGACCUAAAAUCAGUAACCCGACUGACAAAAACAAAAAGCUCGUUGAUGAGCAAAACCUAGAGUUUCACGAGUGGGAACAGAAAAACACUGACAAUGGACCGACAAACACUGAGAGACAAGACAGGUUUUAUACACAGGGGCUGGGUGAUUAAGGGAAUUGGGCACAGGUGAGAUUGAUAACUGAGAGGAGGAGCAGAACCGGGCAGGUGAGGAAACCAGACCUAAAAUCUGUAAGACAAAGCUACUGAACGUAAAUAAACCUAAACACUGUAGAAAUAAGACUAAAGAUAAAUAAACUAAUGACCUCAGAGUGACAGAACUAAUUAUAAUGGAAGGCAGGAGAGGAUCAUACUUAAAUGGGGAAGGAACACAAUACACUAAAGGGAGAUAUGAACUAGAUCAUCUAAAAUAACAGAAAACUAAUGAUAAGUCAACACAUUCUCACUCCCAGCACGUCAAAAACAAACACUUGGUCAGCCACCCUCCACGUCAGACCCCUGACGCCAAAAGUGCCCUUUGUAGUUACUUGUGUGCGAAAAGGGGUUUUCCCCUUAUUUGACUGCAGAUCCCAAUGCAGCGUAAAACUGACGCGAUGGGAUGUCCACAGCCAGGGCACCAAACAAGCUCAUUGUACCUCACCUUAACCGUAUCCUCUUAUUUAACCCUCCCCUCACCCCUAUCCUAACCUUAACCAUCUUGUUAGCGAACACGUUAUUGAUGUGUCGAUCACUCUAAAAGCCGGCUCUAUGAAGUGAACGGCGGGAGCCGCCUCGUCAUUGGUCGAGUUUGGACCGAGCCAACGCGAGGGGUAGGUUUCAACUACCAAUGUGGAGGUUAAAAGUAGAGGGUAUUUGUAACCUCCCCCUCGCCAGAUGGUAUGUUCUAACGUUCCCCUUGGGCGGCAAAUACGAAAAUUGACAGUCAGAUUCUAACUGUCAGAGUCAGAAUGCAUGGGAAACCAACGCUUGAUCACAGUGAGAGUAACGUUUUAGGUAGCAAGAGGGUUAAGGUUAGGAUGAGGGUGAGGGGAAGGUUAUAAAUAGUGAAACGUUAAGGUUUAGGUGCGGUUUAACGAGCUGGUUCGGUGCCGCAUCAGCGGAUAUCUCAUCACGUCAGUUUUACGCUGCAUUGGGAUCUGCAGUUACAAAAGGGAAAAACCCCUUUUUGCACAUAAGUAACGAAAAAGGGCACUUUUGUCGUCUGGGGUCUGACAUGGAGGGUGGCUGACCAAGCGUUUGUUUCCGACGCUUAGGGUGUGAGAAUGUGUUGGAUAAGUGAAGUGACUAGAGGGAACCUGGAAAAAUUGGGGACCAAAAGAGACGCAGAACAUUAGAGGACACAUGAGGGAACCUGGAGGGGCUGGGGACCACAGGGACACAGAGCAUGUCACUGAACAUUUCAGAUGUGUACUAAUCGGUUCGUUACAGGACAAUUUCAAGCCAUUCAUAUUAAUACCACAAAAAUGAGGGCAUUUCCAAAUUGCUGGCCACUGGACCCCCAAGGGAGGAUAUGCCCCCCCCCCCCCCCCCCCUUUAAUUUAUCAUAUGCUUGUUCACACACUACAUGCAUACAUGUUCUUAAUCAAGACAUACUUGUAAAAGCCAGUGAACAUAUUUAUAAUUGCUGAACAAAUAAAUCAUCAUUUCAAUAAAUGUCCUUGAAAUUUACCAUUUUCCUAAAAUAUAUAAAACUACCAGUGGAUGUUUUUGUGGAUGCUUUAGGUUAGACUGCAAUGAAUUCAACUUUUCUAAAAUGCUUAAAAAUCUAUGUAAGCAACUAUUAAAAUAAGUGUUUGAAACAUAUUUUUUCUGAAAUGUUUGUUUUUUUAAUGUGACGUAAAUGUGUUGGAUGCAUAAUGUGUUCCUUAAUGAAGUCAAAUAAAGGAACAUGCAGUGCACCACCACAAGCUAAAUGCUCCAAGAGUUAUUAUUCCUCCAAACCGUUAACUAAACUCCAGUGAUUCUGCUGAUAAUGAAGCCUAAAGGUGAAUGGUUGAAAUGCAAAUAUGGCUGCAUAAAUUCAUCCUUUAAAUAACAUCAUUGUCACUGAUGAGGAUGAUUUCUGUCCAUUGAUGGUCAAACUACUGAAACAGAUCUUAAAGGGCAACUAUCUGUUUGUUUUGUGCGAUGGUGAGCUUUUUUAUGUUCAGUAGUUCAUGCUGGUGUAUACAGAAAAAACAAACUUCAAGGGGUUUCAGACACAAUCUGUGCCGAUCGCAUGUUUGCAUGGGGGGGUCAAUGCUGCAGAGCAGAUGUCAAACGAAUUCCAGAUGUAGAAGUGAGACGUAAAACUUACCCUAAUAGGAUGUGUCUCCUAAACCCAUCAGAAGAGCUCUUUUACGCAGUUUCUUUCAUUUUAAUUAAAGCACGUUACAUCUUUUUUUAAAAGAACUCAGAAAACUGAUAAUUUUUGAAGAAAAUGCAAAUUUGCCUCCUUCUAUUUCAUAAGACUGUGUUUAAUCUUUAAAAAAGACAAAAUAACUUUCAAAUGACAAAUUGUUGGUUUAUAAUUAUGUAACAUUUAAUUUACUUUAGCCUGCCCCUCGUGAGUGUUUCACUAUCAAUAUUUUAUCAACUCCUUCAUAUCCUUUGUUGGAAGUUUACUACGUGCACGGGUUAUCAGAUGAACUGGAACACACUUAUUAGUACAUUAUGGGCAUCUGGUGGGCCACUUUGUACUGAAAAACUGUUUUCACGUUCUUUUGCACCAUGCAGACGUGUAACAUUGGACCAUAUCCAUAAAUAAACAAAGACAAAACAC